AUGUGUCAGAGUGAAAAUCUGGUGGUUUUGGCGGCUCUCCAGAGAAGAUUUGAAGAAAAGGUAGUGGCUUGCCGGAGCAGAUAUAUCAUGAAAGGAGGAAACGAAGACGACGGUGGCGGUUCACCACAACAACGACAACGACGAGGCAUCAGUGGUUCCAGAUCUGAAACUCCGACGACGGAUGUGAGUGUUAUCGUCGGUGGUCGGAGGCUGUGA